AACCACUUAGGUAGCAGUGAAGAUUUGAAGGAGAAACUAAUGGGGUUUUGAUAGCCGUGGAGGGAAAUUGCUUGGGUUCAAACUGCGCGGGAUGAAUGCUCGCCUAUAAAACAAAAUAUGGGCUAAAGCUUAAUAACUGAUGUUAUGUGUGUUCGCUGUGGAGCUUUUCAUUUGUUGAGAGAUAAGUAGAGAGCAAUGGCCGAUGGGAAGGGCAAGGUGAAGGUGAAAACCAAGAUGAUGAAUACAAAGGUAGAGGCACUUCUUAUCCCUGCAGACUCGGAUCUUCUAAAACCCCUCAAAGUGAAGAAAGAGGCGCAGUCACCCAAGGAAAUCAAAGAUAUCUCAAAAUCUGGUUCAGUGAACACCAAGGUGAAGAAAGAGGCGCAGUCACCCAAGGAAAUCAAAGAUAAUUCAAAGUCUGGUUCUGUGAACACCAAGGUGAAGAAAGAGGCGCAGUCACCCAAGGAAAUCAAAGAUAAGUCCAAAUCUGGUUCUGUGAACUCCAAGGUGAAGAAAGAGGCGCAAUCACCUGAGAAGGGCCACACCAGUGAUGACAAGAGUGAAAAAAAACAGAGGAAGCUCUAUGACUUGCCCGGACAAAAGCGUGAUCCCCCACCGGAGAGGGACCCACUGAGGAUUUUUUAUGAGACCCUGUACGAGCAGAUACCUACGAGCGAGAUGGCUGAGUUUUGGAUGAUGGAGCAUGGUUUGUUGACACCGGAGAAGGCAAAGAAGACUUUUGAGAAAAAACAGAAAAAACACCUUCAAUUGAAGCCAGGAUCACCAGUGAAGCCUUCAUCUUCAAAGAAGAAUAUUCAAAAGAGCUCUGCUAAAGAUGUUGGUAAAGAUUCUUCCAAACCCAAGAAAAAGAGGGCCCAUCUAUCUGAUAGUGAUAGUGAUGAACUUAUUUUGCCAAAGAAAAAGAUUAGAAUGUCUUCUUAACGCCAUCUGCAAUUAUUUCUGAGAUUUUGCCAUGUAUAUUGUUCUCUAAAAGAGCAGUCUACUAAGAUUGCAUUGUUAUAGUUUUGUUACUGCUAUCUUAUCUACAAUAUACUCAUGCAACACAAAGUAGCUCAGGGUUUUCUACUAUACUUUGAACAGACUGUUGAUCUUUUUGUACAUUAAUUAUAUUUAGCUGAUAUGUAGUUUUGACCUGAUGAUAACCACAUAUGUUGAUGCUAGAACCAGAGUUAUGCAUCUUUUAAAAGUAGGGGUCCCUUUAGUAUGUAAUUCUUUUGUAACAAAUCUAUUUUCUUAUUCAUUUAUUGAAAUAUGCAGUUUUGGAGGUUA